AUGGUGUUGCGCGCGCUCCUGGCGGUGGCGCCCGGCGACGCGCACUCGGGGGGCGCCGAUCUGCGCGCGCGCGACGCCCAGGGCCGCACGGCGCUGCACCGGGCGGCGGCGCGCGGGCAGACGCGCUGCGUCGAGUUGCUGCUCGAGGCGGACGGCGGCCCCGACCUCGUGGACAUGCAGGACGCGCGUGGGCGCACGGCUCUGCACGAGGCCGCUGCGCGUGCUCACGUGACGGCUGCGAUCCGACUGCUGAACGGCGGCGCCAGCCCGGCUCUGCGCGACGCCCUGGGUCGCACCGCCCGCGACGAAGUGUCCGCCGCCGCCAAACGUGCCAAAGGCGCGAAAAACGCCGCGCGCCUGACCUUAUUAGAUAUGACUAUGAUGUUACAGAACGACCCUUUGCGCUAAGUCGGUCAACGCGUAACUAGUCGUCCAAGCCCCCGUGACGUGGAGAUAAUUUAUUGAGGCUCAGCGUUUCCCCUGUAUGAAAUGAAUCUCUGCAUUCCGCGGAGGGAAAAAAGGGCCGAUGCAUUCUUGGCUAUCCGGGACGAGCCGCGUCUCGGUCCGCGUACAAUUGACAGAGACGCGGCUCAUCCCGGAUAGCCAAGAAUGCAUUGACUCCGGCCGCGGAAGCCUACGAACCCGA